AUGAAACAAUAUAUGCCCAUGAAACCUAUCAAAAGGGGUUUCAAAAUAUGGGCAUUGGCUGAUUCUUAUAGUGGUUUUUUACUGAAUCUUGAUAUAUACACUGGAAAAAAAUCAAAUGGAAUACCUGAGUAUGGACUAGGAGAAAACGUUGUGUUAUACUUGACCAAAAAAUUGAAAAACUUAUUUUACUGUGUUUUUUUUGAUAAUUUUUUUACCAGUAUACCUCUAAUUUUUAAACUUUUGUGUGAUGGUAUAUUUGCAUGUGGAACAUUUAGAGUAAACAAAAAGUAUUAUCCAAAACACCUUAUGAAAAAUGAUGGUAAAUAUACUUCUGGUGACAUUGAAUAUGCCCAAAGUGAAGAUAUUGGUAUUAUGCGAUGGAAGGAUAGAGGAAGUAAACCAGUGACACUUGUUAGCAACAUGCAUAACUCUUCAGAUACAUCUACAGUACUGAGAAAAAAUGGUAAAGGGGAAAGGAUUCAAGUAAAGUGCCCUACUGGAAUAUCAGAUUAUAAUAAAUACAUGGGAGGCGUUGACAAAUUUGAUCAAUAUAUGUCUCCAUACUCAAUUUCUCAAAAGUCGUGGAAGUGGUGGAUUAAACUUUUUUAUUAUAUGGUUGAUACUGCUAUUGUUAAUUCUUAUAUUUUAUAUAAAGAAAGUUGCAACAAGAAUAAAAAAAAGUACAUUACACAUUUAGAGUUUCGAUCGAGAUUAACGGAUGAGCUUAUUGGGAAUUUCUCAUGCCGGAAAAAGAAUACAUCUUCCCCCCACGAACAAAGAUAUAAAAAAAAACAAAAACUUUCCAUCGCUCAUGAUUUUACAGGUGUUGAUCAUAUGCCAAAAUUCAUAGAUAAAUAUAGAAGAUGCAAAAUGUGUAGCACUAAAGCAAAAGAAAAAAGAUCCAAUAUGAUUUGUUCUACAUGCGACAUAACACUAUGCAAACAAUGUUUUGUACCAUAUCACAAACCUACCUAA